GGAUGGCGGUGGUUCCGUCGGGAAGUGGGUUGGGGGGAACCCAGAGUGAGGAAGAACACCCUGCUAAGACUCAUGCCCCCACAGGAAGUGGAGACCCUUACCUCCCACUGGCUCCUCUACAUGAACUUGGGCGGCUUCCUGGUGGGGCUCUUCUCAUCCACGCUGCUGGGUGCUUGGAGUGACUGUGUGGGCCGUCGCCCGCUGCUGGUGCUGGCCUCGCUGGGCCUGUUGCUCCAGGCUCUGGUGUCCACCUUUGUGGUGCAGCUGCAGCUCCACGUGGGCUACUUCGUGCUGGGCCGCAUCCUUUGUGCCCUCCUCGGUGACUUCAGUGGCCUCCUGGCUGCUGGCUUUGCCUCCGUGGCGGAUGUCAGCUCCCACCACAGCCGAACCAUCCGAAUGGCCCUGCUGGAAGCGUGCAUCGGGGUGGCAGGGAUGCUGGCGAGCCUCCUUGGGGGCCACUGGCUCCAGGCCCAGGGUUAUGCCAACCCCUUCUGGCUGGCCUUGGCCUUGCUGAUAUUCAUAGCUUUCUACUCUGCUUUCUGCUUUGGUGAGACUGUGAAGGAGCCAACACCUGCCCGGCUCUUCACGUUCCGCCACCACCAAUCCAUUGUCCGGCUCUACAUGGCUCCAGCCCCGGAGAAGUCCAGGAAGCAUUUAGCCCUGUACUCACUGGUUAUCUUUGUGGUCAUCACUGUGCACUUUGGGGCCCAGGACAUCCUGACCAUCUAUGAGCUGAGCAGACCCCUCUGCUGGGACUCCACGCUGAUUGGCUACGGUUCUGCAGCUAGGCACCUCCCGUAUUUCACCAGCCUGCUGGGCCUGCGGCUUAUGCAACUCUGCCUGACUGACACUUGGGUGGCUGAGAUUGGCUUGGCCUUUAACAUCCUGGGGAUGGUGGUCUUUGCAUUUGCGACCAUCACACCUCUUAUGUUCACAGGGUACGCACUCCUCUUCCUGUCUUUAGUCAUUACACCCAUUGUCCGGGCCAAGCUCUCCAAGCUGGUGAGCAAGUCAGAGCAGGGUACUCUCUUUUCUGCUGUGGCCUGUGUGAAUGGCUUGGCCAUGCUGAUGGCCUCUGGCAUCUUCAACUCGCUCUACCCAGCCACCCUGAACUUCAUGAAAGGGUUUCCCUUCCUGCUGGGAGCUGGCCUCCUCUUCAUCCCUGCCAUUCUGAUUGGGAUGCUGGGAAAGGCUAAUCCUCACUCUGAAUUCCAGCAAUUUCCCCAGAGCCCCUGAUCUGCCAGGACCAGAGGACAGAGGCCAAGAGGAGUGAAGUGAGCACUAACCAACUGGAAGUAUGCACCUGGGACCCACCCACAGCAGCACCAGCAGCUCCCCUCAAAGGCAGUGUUCACCUUGGAUAAGGUGGUCAAGCUAGACCAAGGCCCCCACCUCAUUCAUAGCUGUGCCAGCCUGUGACUCAAGGAUCUAGAAUUGUAACCCAGUCUGUCUGACUCCAGGGCAGGCAGUUGGGAAGCCAUUUGGAACAGGGGUCUGUUUACCCUUUAUGCCGUCAAUCGCAUAAAACCCUGAAGGGGAGAAGACAGGUCCUGAUAGAGGUGAUGCCUCAGGGACCAGUGGAAGCAUGAGCGCUGGCAUCUCCGCUUCCAACCAAAGCUGCACAGCUCACAGUGCACAGUCCACGGUGGACAGCCACCAGCCACUCCUUAAUGAUGAAUACUUCGAGGGGAGGAAGAGUUGGGAAUGGAGAGAGUGCUUCUCACUUAGUGGAAUCAAUCCCCUCGGCUUAGCAGUGCCAAUCAUACUAAUAAAGCAGUAUAAGCACACUGAAAUGAACCUUCCGGCACCCAA